CGCCCCCCUCCGCUGCCCCCGGGCCUCACGUUCCGUUAAUGCCGCCUUCCCCUCCGUCACAACUUGUUCCUGCUCCCGAGCCGAAGCGCCAUCCGUCCACCCUGCCUGUAAUAAGCGAUGCCAGGAGCGUGCUUCUGGAAGCGAUACGGAAAGGUAUUCAGCUACGAAAAGUCGAGGAACAGCGUGAACAAGAGGCUAAGCACGAACGCAUCGAGAAUGACGUGGCCACCAUCUUGUCCCGCCGGAUCGCCGUGGAGUACAGCGAUUCUGAAGAUGAUUCAGAGUUUGAUGAAGUGGAUUGGCUGGAGUAAAGAACCAUCUAUGGAUAUGCGACCAAACGGAAUGCAACGUCCGCCGUGGUGCUUGUUCUUUGAGAAUGGUUUGGUCAUGACUAGUGUUUUGUAUUUUUUUUCCCCCCAUUAAUCCUUUUUUUUUUUUUAAAUCCUCUUUUUCAGUUUACAAGAAAACUAGCACAUCUUUCAAGCUAAGUGUUUCACGGUGGCUUUUCUUACAAUUUUUUUUUCCCAAAAGAACAUUCUUUGUCCAUAUAGACCACUAAGUAUUAAGCAUGGGCAGCUUUUGCUAGAGUAGCCAAUUCAAGGUUUUUUGUUUGUUUGUUUUAUUUUUAACAUAACUUAAUUGUGCACUUUGUGAAUUUUAAGUUAAUGAAGGUAACUGAGAUUGAAAUUCCAAGGGCAGCUGUAUGUAUUAAUGAGCCUUAUUCUAUUUUAAUUAAUGGCAAGAAAUGCAUUAAAUCUGUCGAAGAGAUCACUACCUUGAUUAUGUGAGUUCACUGAGAAAGGACGAUAGUUUGUAGUACUGAGUACACUUCAAGAAAAGAGAAUGCUUGAGCUUUUUCUUUUUUAUCUUUUUUUUUGUUUGUUUUUAAAUAAUUAUGGCCUUAUAUUUGAAUGGUUAGCAGUCUCCCUUCCCCUGGCACUCCAACCCUUAAUAUACAUAUUGUGUGUGGUACUAUUUGCCUGCCUACAAGAGUUUGAUUUUUUUCAUGUGAAAUAUUCUGACUGAAACAUAUUGUGUAACUUAUGUAACUGUUAAGAAUAAUAGUCUGAUUUAAUAAAUGGUUCAUUUUAAAUGUU